AUGGAGAUGCUGGAGAAGCGAGGAGGUGAUGUGUGGCAAUACACUUACGAUACUGGAGAUGUGGCCUACAUCACCGUGUCCAUGUGCAUGAUUCUGGUCAUGAUUCCAGGCCUGGGUUUUCUGUACUCGGGUCUGGCCCGAAGAAAGUCGGCGCUGUCUAUGAUCUGGGUGUGUUUCAUGGGCGCCAUUGUUGCCCAGAUUCAGUGGUACUUCUGGGGAUACUCGUUGGCCUUUUCUCCUUCUUCUAACCGGUUUAUCGGCAACCUGGACAACUUUGGUCUUAAGAACAUUCUCAAACACGAGGACGGCAGUCGCAAGUACCCCGAGCUGCUGUUUGCCGGCUUCCAGGGUAUGUUCUGCUCUGUGACCGUGGCCAUUGUGGUGGGAGGUGUGGCCGAGCGAGGUCGUCUGCUGCCCGCCAUGAUUUUUGCAUUCUGCUGGGCCACCAUUGUCUACUGCCCCAUUGCAUUCUGGAUCUGGGGCCCCAACGGAUGGGCUGGAGCUCACUGGGACGUGCUGGACUUUGCAGGAGGAGGACCUGUGGAAAUUGCAUCUGGUAUCGGAGGUCUGGCAUACUCUUUUGCUCUUGGCCGAAGAAAGGAACAACUGCUGCUCAACUUCCGACCCCACAACGUGUCUCUGGUGACCAUGGGAACCGCUCUACUGUGGUUUGGCUGGCUGGGAUUCAACGGAGGCUCUGCUCUUGGCUCCAACCUGAAGGCGGUCUACGCUGUGUGGAACUCCAACAUUGCCGCCUGCUUUGGUGCUCUGACUUGGUGUCUGCUGGAUUUCCGGCUCGAAAAGAAGUGGUCUACCGUGGCCAUCUGUUCCGGUAUUAUUUCGGGGCUGGUUGCUGCUACUCCCUGUUCUGGUAUCAUUCCUCUGUGGGCCUCUGUCCCUCUCGGUAUCGUUGCAGCAGCGAUUUGUAACUUUUCUACACAAAUCAAGUACAUUCUCAAGAUUGAUGAUUCCAUGGAUACCUUUGCUGAGCACGGCGUCGCAGGAAUUGUCGGACUCAUUUUCAACGCCUUCUUUGGAGCCGACUACGUGAUUGGCUUGGAUGGAUCCACUCCUCACGGAGGAGGAUGGGUGUCCAACAACUGGAAGCAGAUCUACAAGCAGAUUUGUUUUGUGUUGGCCGCCUCUGGAUACACCUUUGUCAUGACUGUCGUGCUCUGCUACGCCAUCAACUUCAUCCCCGGCUGCAAGCUGCGAGCAUCUGAGGAGGCCGAACUUCGAGGAAUGGACGAAGACCAGAUUGGAGAGUUCGCCUACGACUACGUCGAGGUCCGACGAGACUGGCUGGCUUGGACUCCCCCCACCAAGUCGCACAUGCACGAUGAGCCUGAGCACUCGACCGAUGCCGACGCGAUUGAGGCCAACGCCGACGUCCUGGCCGGCUCCAGUCCAAACGACCAGAACUCGUCCAUGGAACAACCCCCCACUUCUUCCCAGGCCACCUCGGCCGACGAUGAAAAGAACGGAAUUCAUCCGUAA